ACUCUUUGCUCCAGGCUUGGACUUUACUGGCAUUUUGACAAAUCUCGUAGUUGUAGAGUCCAACGUACGAUCUCAUGUUACGCGGUCACUGUCUCAGAGCUUUUCUCCGCCGCAGCAUUUUCUCCCAACCACCACCAACCUCAAAAUGUCACCAUCUUCUGCAAUUGAAACCCUUCCAUUCACCCCUCUCUCUCUUCUCUACCACUUCUCAUUCUUCUGAUAAACAAUCAUUCACCCUUUCCUACUUCACAAACACUUGUGGCUUCUCAUCCCAAGCUGCUCUCAAAGCAGCCAAGCGAGUUCGUUUCGACACCGCAGAGAAGCCUGAUUCAGUUAUUGCCUUCUUCACAAACCAGGGUUUCUCCAUCUCUCAGACACACAGCAUCAUUCGCAGGGUACCAGAGGUACUUUUAUUCGACCCCACCAUAAGGGUUUUGCCCAAGUUUCAAUUUCUAGCCUCCAAGGGUUUUGACAUAGUGACCACUGUGUCUAGGACCCCGUAUUUCCUGCUUAAAAGCCUUGAGAAUCACAUUAUACCUGCAUUUGAAUUUGUAAGGACAUUCUCUCCAUCUGAUCAAAAAGCAAUAGCUUGUGCACUUUUUGGUUCCCAUACCAUUACUAUUGAUCACAUGAAAUCAAAAGUAAAAUUGUUGCUUCAUAUGGGAGUGCCUCCCUCAAACAUAUACCUUUUGCUUAGAACUAGGCCCACUAUACUCAGAUGUGCUGACUUGAACGAGGCUGUGGAGGAAGUCAAGGGAUUGGGAUUCCAUCCUUCCAAAACUGCUUUUAGUUUUGCCUUACUAGCCAAAAGGGCUAUGGCCAAAUCUAAGUGGGAUGCCAAAGUCGAUGCCUUUAAGACAUGGGGCUGGUCUGAAGAUGCUAUUUUGGAUGCAUUUAGGAGGAAUCCCCACAUUAUGCUAUACUCAAUCAAAAAAGUAAAUGCAGUGAUGAGUUUUUGGGUAGGUCAUCUUGGUUGGGACCCUUCAGUACUUCAAGUCGUGCCAUCACUUUUUGGAUAUAGUUUGGAGAAAAGGCUUAUGCCAAGGGCUUCAGUUGUCCAGUAUCUUCUCUCCAGAGGUUUGAUGAAGAAGGAUGCUAGCUUAUAUACACCAUUUUUUAUGACUGAGAAGUCGUUCCUGCAAAAGUUUGUGAAUAGUUUUGAGGAGGAGGAAACAUCUAGGAUACUAAGUCUGUAUCAGGGAGGAAGCGAGCACCUGACACCCGGUUAGCUUAGAGUCUUCUGUUUAAGUCACAAUUCUGAUCUAUAUCACUAAUUUGAUAUUUUGCAUGUAAGUGGUGCAAGAAAAUUAAUUGUUUCAUGGUUGGAGAAUUUGUUUCUUUCAUUGCACGUAUGUUCUGUUUCAAAGAGGUGGAUGGAUUCAUGUCUAAUUCUCAGGAAUCAUGGAUUAGAAUGUUGCUUGAAGAGUGCAAGCAGGUAAAUGAUUCAAAUGUCUUUUUCCUUGUGUUAGCAGUUCAAUUAAAUCCGAAGCAGAAUUGAUAAAAUAUAAAAAAUGCUUGUCUUGCCUAGGGAAACCUGAAGUGAGUGGUUGAGUAGUUAUUCUGAUUAUGUGGUAAGCUAAUUUUGUUGUGAAAAGCUUUUCUAUGCACUAUAGUAUCCUUUCUCUCAUAUCUUUUUCUGACCAAAGGACAAUGGAUUUUGUUAUGAGUUUGAAGAAAGUUUAUUCUUCUUA